AUGGUUUCCGGUUUGGUUACAGAUAUUAAGGUACUAGAUUAUCAUUUUGUUUUUGUCUUACAGAUAUUGAGAACAGGUUUCUUUCAUGCGGAUCCUCACCCUGGAAAUCUUGCGAUUGAUGUGGACGAAGCAAUUAUUUAUUAUGACUUCGGCAUGAUGGGAGAGAUCAAAUCUUUCACCCGAGAGAGACUGCUUGAACUUUUCUAUGCUAUGUAUGAAAAGGAUGCCAAAAAGGUUAUGCAACGCCUUAUAGAGCUGAGAGCACUCCAACCUACUGGGGAUCUGUCUUCAGUGAGGAGAUCUGUACAGUUUUUCCUUGACCAUUUGCAAAGCCAGGCACCAGAUCAGCAGCAGACCCUUUCUGCAAUCGGGGAGGAUUUAUUUGCAAUAGCACAAGACCAGCCAUUCCGUUUUCCAUCUACCUUUGCCUUUGUUCUCAGGGCUUUUUCAACACUUGAAGGCAUAGGCUACACACUCAAUCCAAAUUUCUCCUUUGCAAGGAUUGCUGCACCCUAUGCACAGGAACUUUUAGAUAUGAGGCAAAAGCAUAUUACACCACCACAGCUUGUGAAGGAGAUAAGAAAGCAAGCAGAUGAUCAUGUACUUAUGCCAUUGUUCAAUGUGAUGAUCCGUUUGAAUCGAUAA